AUGAGUAGACCCACGCGCGCCUCGUUGUGGAUGUCCGACAUGGCGGGUUAUCUUUGUCCCCGUGUUCGUAGCCGCGAGAUUAGUGGUGGGUUUUCAGCGGAUCUGCAGAAAUCUGGAUUGUUUGGCGCUGGUUUCGAUCGUUUUGAGGAGAUGACCUCGUUAAGCAGAGAGCUCGUGUUCUUGAUUCUUCAGUUUCUCGAUGAGGAGAAAUUUAAGGAAACCGUGCACAAGCUGGAGAAGGAGUCAGGGUUCUUCUUCAACAUGAGGUACUUUGAGGAUGCGGUGACUAAUGGGGAAUGGGAGGAUGUGGAGAAGUAUCUGGCAGGGUUUACAAAGGUGGACGACAACCGGUACUCCAUGAAAAUUUUCUUCGAGCUCCGAAAGCAGAAAUUUCUCGAAGCACUAGACAAACGUGACAAUUCGAAGGCUGUGGAGAUUCUAAGGAAAGAUCUGAAAAUAUUCUCUACGUUCAAUGAGGAUCUCUUUAAGGAAAUCACAAUGCUCCUGACCUUGUCAAAUUUUAGGGAAAAUGAGCAGCUAUCAAAGUACGGUGAUACUAAGUCAGCCAGGGCUAUAAUGCUUGUCGAGCUAAAGAAACUGAUCGAGGCAAAUCCCCUGUUUCGUGAUAAGCUUCAGUUUCCUAGCUUGAAGAACUCAAGAUUGAGAACACUGAUCAACCAAAGUUUGAAUUGGCAACAUCAACUUUGUAAGAAUCCAAAACCCAACCCUGAUAUAAAAACUCUCUUUGUGGAUCACACUUGUUCGCAACCAAACGGUGCUCGCGCUCCAUCCCCUGUCACUAAUCCGUUGAUGGGUUCAAUUCCUAAAGUUGGUGGGUUUCCACCAAUGGGGGCCCCAGCACGUCCUAGGACUCCUCCUACUAACAAUCCAGCACUGGACUAUCAAACUGCAGAUUCCGAACAUGUCUUGAAGAGAUCAAGACCUUUUGGUGUUCCAGAAGAGGCUAACAAUCUUCCAAUCAACAUAUUGCCUGUCGCAUAUACUGGUCAGAGCCAUGCCCACUCCUUGCAAACUGCUGCUGAUGACUUACCUAAGACGGUGAUGGCAAAUUUGAAUCAGGGUUCUGCCGUAAAAACCAUGGAUUUUCACCCGGUUCAACAGACACUACUUCUAGUGGGAACUAAUAUCGGUGAGAUCUCUAUCUGGGACGUGAGUAGCGGGGAGAGGCUGGCUGUCAGAAAUUUUAAAGUGUGGGACCUUGGAGCUUGCACGAUGAAUCUUCAGGCUUCUUUGGCCAAUGAAUACACCGCAUCCGUGAACCGUGUCAUGUGGAGUUCCGAUGGAAAUCUUUUUGGUGUUGCGUACUCGAAACACAUUGUUCACUUGUAUGCUUAUUUUGGAGGCGAUGACCUAAGGAAUCACCGUGAGAUUGAUGCACAUAUAGGUAGUGUCAGUGAUCUUGCCUUUUCUCAUCCUAACAAGCAAUUGUGUGUUAUAACCUGUGGGGAGGACAAGGCAAUUAAGGUAUGGGAUGUAGCCACUGGUACUAAACAGUUUACCUUUGAGGGUCAUGAGGCACCUGUUUAUUCUGUAUGCCCGCAUUUCAAGGAAAAUAUUCAGUUCAUCUUCUCGACCUCUGUUGAUGGAAAGAUCAAAGCUUGGCUGUAUGAUAAUAUGGGUUCAAGAGUGGAUUAUGAUGCUCCAGGUCGAUCUUGUACCACUAUGGCCUACAGUGCUGAUGGGUCUAGAUUAUUCUCCUGUGGCACGAGCAAAGAGGGGGAAUCGUUCAUUGUGGAGUGGAAUGAGAGUGAAGGAGCUGUGAAGAGGACAUAUCUUGGUGUAAGUAAACGCUCGGUUGGAGUAGUCCAAUUUGACACCACAAAGAACCGCUACUUGGUUGCUGGUGAUGAGUUCAAGAUUAAAUUUUGGGACAUGGACAAUGUAAAUCUAUUAAUGAGUAUUGAUGCCGAUGGUGGUUUACCGGCUUCUCCUUGCAUUCGGUUCAGCAAGGAAGGGUCCCUAUUGGCUGUGUCGACUAAUGAUAAUGGUGUCAAAAUACUCGCUAAUCCUGAAGGUGUUCGUUUGAUGCGAUCAAUGGAAAGUCGAUCUGGAGCCAAUGCGAAGGCAGCUAUUCUUAGCCCUUUUGGUGCUUCGAGUUCGGCAGCAGGCACUGGUGCUAGCACAGAUAGAAGUUCACCAAUGGGUGCUAAUAUUGGAUUGAACGGGGAUGCGAGGAACUUACAGGAUGCAAAAUCAAGAUUUUCUGACGAGCUGGAAAAAUCCAAGAUUUGGAAGCUCACGGAAGUUAACGAACAAUCUCAACUGCGUUCUUUGAGGCUUCCCGAUGGUUUGUUGUCAGUGAGGAUUAUUCGGCUAAUUUAUACAAAUUCUGGAGGUGCCAUUUUGGCAUUAGCAUACAAUGCUGUCCACAAACUUUGGAAAUGGCAGCGAACAGAGAGAAAUGCUAGCGGAAAGGCAACUUCUUCUGUUCCACCACAACUUUGGCAACCUUCGAGUGGAAUCUUAAUGACCAACGAUAUAAGUGAGACCAAUCUUGAAGAAGCCGUUCCGUGUUUCGCACUCUCCAAGAACGAUUCCUAUGUUAUGUCGGCUUCGGGAGGAAAAAUUUCCCUAUUCAAUAUGAUGACAUUUAAGACAAUGACUACUUUCAUGCCCCCUCCACCAGCAGCCACAUUUCUUGCCUUCCAUCCACAGGACAAUAAUGUUAUUGCAAUAGGAAUGGAAGAUUCCACCAUACAAAUCUACAAUGUUCGAGUUGAUGAGGUAAAAACCAAGCUAAAAGGUCAUCAGAAGAGAGUAACUGGGCUUGCAUUCUCAAACGUGCUAGAUGUCCUUGUAUCAUCAGGAGCUGAUGCUCAGAUAUGUCUGUGGAGUUUGGAUGGAUGGGAAAAGAAGGCGAACAAGUUCUUGCAGAUUCCUUCGGGCCGCUCUUCUAAUCCUUUGGCACAGACUCGUGUUCAAUUUCAUCAAGACCAGACACACGUGUUAGUCGUCCACGAGACGCAAUUAGCCGUGUACGAGGCUUCCAAAUUAGAAUGCAUCAAACAGUGGGUCCCGUCGGGUCCCGCAAUAACAGACGCCACAUACUCAUGUGACAGCCAUUCGAUCUACACGAGCUUCGAUGAUGGCAGCGUGUGCGUAUUCACCUCCGCAGGCCUGAAGCUCAGGUGCCGAGUAAACCCCACAGCCUAUUUGCCUUCUAAUCCAAGAGCUCAGGCAAAAAAGGCCGCCGCCGGCGCCGCCGCUCUGACAUUCUCGUGCUCCUCCUUCAAGGAGGUCCGGAGCCUCUUCUUCCCCGACGAUUUCACCGGUGCCGGUGGCCAAGAUGGAUGCACCGCCCCCUCCAUCUGCCACCGAAACCGUAGCGCCAAGGCCCUCCUCCGCUCCGUCUCCCUCUCCCACCCUGCACUGCUGCCGGACGGUGGGAGAGAAAAACAAAAAAGCUAA